UUGCGUAAGACACUAACUGUUUUGACGGGUGACUCAAAUGUAACAAUGAUUAUAACUGACCGAGAAUUGGCUCUUAUAAACGCAAUAUCCACUGUAUUUCCUAAUGCAAGAUAUCAAUUGUGCAUUUGGUACAUUUUUAGAAAUAUGAAAAAUAGGCUUAAGG